AUGUCAGUUUCACGCGACACUUGCUGGCACUCGUGCGUCCCUCGCGUAGCCUGACCUUCGAUAACGAUUCGCGAUCGAAACGUUAGCGGUCCUCUGUCAAAUUAUUUUCUACUCGAUCUAAUAUACGUUCGAACAAAAGUGUUUUUCAAAUAAAACAAUUAAAUAUCUCAAAUAGAUGAAAUUGGUGAGAAAAAAUCGUGGAAAAUUGGUGCACCGUCGAUGAUCCUAUUGAUAAUCAAUCGCGUUGCUCAGGAACAGCUUUAAGGAGAGCAUCGAACGAAUUUAUCCGUAUCGAAUCCUUAUCGCGAAUGGUCAUUAAUAUGCGAAGGCUCGGAGGAUCUGUCGAUCCUCGCUGCUCAUAGAGUUUUUCCAACUUGGUUACAUAUUGGAAAAAAAAAUUUUUAAAUCCUUCGUACCAACUGAAGUAUUUGUGAAACUUGGACUCUUCGGGCGGGUCAACGUCGGCAUCGGUCACCAUCGUCCGGGUGGGAGAAUCAUUGCGGAACUGAAAAACAAAGAAAAGAGAUCGCAAUCGCUGAGGAGGAACCUUGAGUUAUGACCGAAUCCAAUGGACUAAAAAACGACAAGCAGUCGGAAGUGCAGUGGCAGAAAAUAAGGACCGGUCACGAUGGAGAAGAACUGCAAGUUCAUGGUUUCGAAAAAAGCUGCAUCGGUGCUUUUUUAACGUACCUCUCGUUCGUGCUGACGGUGGGUUGGGUUCGAUUGUUCUUUCACUGGUAUCCUCAGCUCUAUUUAUAUGCAACGCACAAGCGAUGUCAGCUGGAUCGAGCCACCAAGUUGCUGAUAGUCGACGAUUAUCAGGGAAAAUACAAAUCGUACUACGUCAAAGAUGUGAAAACGGUGACGACGAGGAAGCUGAGGCCGAAGACGUUUGCGAGUACGUUGAGCACGAUAGAUGACGAGACGUUAAAAAACAUCGAAGGAAAAGAUCUCGGGAUAAGAUUAGAAAAUGGCACACUCCGGGAAGUGCCGGAGUAUCGUGCGUUUUGGUUCAAAAAACAAUGUUACAUUUGGGACGAUACGAAGAGCGAGUUUGCAAGAUUGGUAGGUCUCGAUAAGUUCGUCGCGUGCUCCGAUCUCCACCUUGAGAACGGUCAGGGUUUGAGCAAGGAUGAGCAAUUGCUCAGGCGUAUCGUUUAUGGAAACAACGAAAUAAUUGUGCCCGUUCAGAGCAUACUUAUUCUACUUCUUCUAGAAGUUCUCAAUCCAUUUUACAUAUUUCAAGUCUUCACCCUGGCGGUAUGGCUGGCCGAAGGUUAUUAUUAUUACACCGGUGCAAUCAUAUUGAUGUCGUUGUUCGGUAUAACCAGCUCGAUAAUGCAGACGCGACGGAACCAGAUAAACCUUCACGGAACCGUGGCGUCGACGGAAACGGUUCGGGUUCGUCGGAGUUGCGGAAAAUUCGAGAGUGUCUCGAGCGCCGAAUUAGUUCCGGGCGACGUCAUCGAGCUCCCUCGUUAUCAGGGGACCGUCAUUUGCGACGUGGUCUUGCUCACCGGCCACUGCAUACUCAACGAGUCCAUGCUCACCGGUGAAGCAGUUCCGGUUACGAAAACGCCGCUUACGCCGCGCCAAGUUCUCUACGAUCCGAAAGAGUGCUCUCAACACACUCUGUACAGUGGUACCUCCAUUAUUCAGACGAGAAUCCAGGGAGACGCUCCGGUUUUGGCCAGGGUUAUUCGCACAGGCUUGCAAACCAACAGAGGAGCUCUCGUAGCCGCGAUACUUUAUCCACCCCCGGCCGACUUCAAAUUCGAUCAGGACUCUUACAAAUUCAUUGGGAUACUCGCUUUCAUCUCGUUACUAGGAUUCAUCUAUACGGUCGUGACCAAAGCUUCGAGAGGAAUAACGGCGGGUGACAUUGCCAUUAAGGCCCUCGAUUUAAUCACCAUCGUAAUUCCACCGGCUCUUCCGGCUGCGAUGACUGUUGGAAAGUUAUACGCGCAGGCUCGACUGAAAAAGGCACAAAUAUAUUGUAUCAAUAGCCGUGUCAUAAACGUCUCCGGCAGCUUGAAUUGCGUCUGUUUCGACAAGACCGGAACUUUGACGGAGGAUGGCUUGGACAUGUGGGGCGUGGUCCCGAGCACCGCCGGGAGCUUCCUAAAUCCGGAAAAGGAUGUUCCAACCCUGAAGAAUCAUCCCCUCUUCGAGGGCAUGCUCGUCUGCCACAGUCUGACCAUCAUCAACGACGAGCUCUGCGGCGAUCCUCUGGACGUGAAGAUGUUCGAGAGCACGGGCUGGAUGCUGGAAGAACCGGAAAUCGGCGAUACGAGUAAAUACGAUCUGUCGACACCGACGAUCGUCAAACCACCCAAGAGCAAAAAUUUGACUGAAAAUAUGAACGAACUCGCCGAAAUUGGGAUCGUACAGCAGUACCAAUUCUCCAGCUCCCUUCAACGCAUGUCGGUAAUCGUUCGUGUCCUCGGAACCGAUCACUUCAGAGCAUAUACCAAAGGCUCCCCCGAAGUUAUUCUCAGCCUCAGCAAACCCGAAACCGUUCCUGACGACAUCAACUUUGCUCUGCGACGAUACACCGAGCAGGGCUAUCGCGUUAUCGCCAUCGGGAGAUCCAUUAUUAACAGGACACAUACCAAAAUUGAGAAAAUGCCACGAGAAAAGGUGGAAAAGGAUUUGGAAUUUCUCGGUCUGGUCGUACUGGAAAACAGGCUGAAAGAAGCGACGGUCGGAGUAAUCGAAGAGCUGAGAGAAGCCAAUAUUCACGUGGUCAUGAUAACGGGGGACAAUAUCCAGACGGCGGUGAGCGUAGCGAAGGAUUGCGGGAUUUUGUCUCACGACGAAACGGUGAUAAAUGUAACGGUUGUACCUGGGGAUCAGAGGACGGAAGCAAAAAUUUAUUUCAACGUCCAGGGGGGUCCGAUAAAGAGGACGGGGGGCAAAAAGAUGACGUCGUCCCUGGAAGCGUUGGAAAGAGGAAUCAAGUCCAGCGACUAUCGGUUUGCCCUGACCGGUCAAACGUGGCAGCUUCUUCGGGAGCAUUACGCCGACCUGGUGCCCCGUAUCUGCGUGAGGGGUGCAGUUUUCGCGAGAAUGACGAGCGAUCAGAAACAGCAGCUCGUGCUCGAACUCAUGCAGCUUGGAUAUUACGUCGCCAUGUGCGGAGACGGAGCCAACGACUGCGGGGCGUUGCGAGCCGCUCACGCGGGUGUCUCCCUGUCCGAAGCGGAAUCAAGCGUUGCAAGUCCGUUCACGUCGAGGAUCCCGGACAUAAGAUGCGUGCCGAAGGUGAUAAGGCAAGGUCGGGCCGCCCUCGUAACUUCCUUCGGAAUAUUCAAGUUCAUGGUGACAUAUUCCCUGACGGAAUUUCUCUCGGUCAUAAUUCUCUACUCGAUCGACUCGAAUCUGACGGAUCUUGAGUUCUUGUUCAUCGACAUAUGUCUCAUAGUGAAUUUCGCAUUUUUCUUCGGCAAGACAAAAGCGUACGAGGGCAAGUUGGCGAAGCAGCCACCGAUGACCAGUCUCCUGAGUUUCACGCCUUUGUUCUCCCUCGCGUUGCACAUGUUCGUUAUGACGGUGUUCCAGAGCACGGCUUAUUACGCGGUCCGAUCGUUCGCGUGGUUCGAACCGUUCGUACCGAGCUCAGCGACGAGCUACUCGUCCUACGAAAAUUAUUCCGUCUUUUGCGUCUCGCUCUUUCAAUACAUAACGACAGCGGUGAUAUUCUCGCGUGGAAAACCUUACAGAAAAGCAAUUUACACGAAUCGGGCGUACAUUCUUUCGAUAUUGAUCCUCGUCGGGAUUUGCGCUUACAUAACCAUUUAUCCGGCCCACUGGCUCAAAAGUGCGCUCCAGCUCGUCACCCCGCCGGAACUCGAUUGGCCGAUUCUCAUUAUUCUUCUCGCCUUCAUAAAUUUCCUCCUUUGUUUCGCCGUCGAAAUGGUGAUAAUAGAGUACGCGAUCGAACGACGGAUCAAGCCGAACCUCUACAGACCUGAAAAAUCAAAAAAAGCUUAUUUAAGGAUCGAGUAUGAUCUCGCGAACGAUUCUGAAUGGCCGAAAAUCGACAGGGACUUACCCAUCCUACCGGUAACACCGAGCGUUGAAAAUAUCCUCAAAAUUUGUACCGACGACGAUCGAGCCAAAGCCGAAAGUGCAAUCUCCGCUCAAAGACCAGCAUCCACUGAGCAAGCUGGAAUAAAAAACCUCGCUUUCGUCGACGAUGAAAAUCUCGCGAUCCUUCCUAUCAACGAGACGACGAGAUUCUAAUUAUUUUAUUUUUUUCUUUUCCGCGAUAGUUUUGCAUUCCCCGAGGGCGUUACCCGGAGUUUCGCUCUAUCGCUCCGCAGUUUCGAGCAUCAUCUUCCACGCGGACAUGCACGCGCUCCUAUUUUUCGUCCGGUCGCCUCCGAUUAUAAGUCAGCACUCGCGAGUCGUCGUCCAAAUCCUUGCCACCAUUUUUCUUUUAUUCGAGCGAGAGUUACGCGACCGCUCAUUCCUCUCGGUGGCUAUGAAUUUUUUUUAUUACUCGACUCUUUUCCUAUUAAUUUCUCUUCGUGCUUCGACUCCCCAUUAACACGAUUCAUGGCUUUUUCACAAAUCUUGAAACUAUUUCUUUUUCUGAUUAAUUGAUAAAAUGUUUACGAUUCUACGCAAAAUCGAGUGAUUUUUUCGUCUGACGUAACUUUUUAAAUGAAAAUGGUAAAACAAAAACUAGUAGGGAAUGAGAAAGGAGGGAAGUAAAAAAGCCCCGGGCAUUGGGCGUCAUUAGCGGGAUAAGAAUGAACUCGAGUCGAAGCACCGAGACGAACGCUCCGAGCUUCGAGAGAUUCAAUAUAAAAAAAUUCAAAACUCCAUGAUUUUUUUACUGCCCAUAAAAUUUGACAGCCUAAAAGACAUUUCCCAAAAACGUUAUAUGAAGAAGAUCGAGCAUUCCUCUUGGCACGUGUUGUGCCGGAGGCCUUCGAAUGUCAAAAAAUCCGAUGGAGAAAACGAGCUUUUAAAAAACUGCGCGCUCGAUCCGGGCGCCGUCCAAGCGUAUCUCUGUGAAAUCAAAAGAAGAUCGAAUAAUGAUUAACUUGGGGAUCCAAUGAUAAAACGUGUAUGAGCACAUUGUGAUUUGUAUUUAAGGAGGUUUUACUGUGUAAGGGUUUCGAUGAAGGAGCCAUAACGAAAGGAAUGAUGAACCGAUUGACAAACACGAUACGGUACGUCGACAUGGAAGAAACUAAAACGUGUAUGAAAGUCUUGCGCGCGGAGUCGAAGCGCCGAGUAUGCCAAAUCGAUUGACUCGUUGUCGUUUUAGCGAGGCUCGUUACGACGACUUUUCGUCGUCACAAAACCUACGAUGUUUAAGAUUUUAAAAAGUUUUCGAGAUGCUAUUCCUUCCGGGUAUUCCAUUUUAUUGGUGAAAAUAUUGUGAAGGUAGAAUUGAACAACGAUCGAUAAAACAUCGAAGUGAAUGUAUUAUUAAUGUAACGUUAUAAACGGGUCUCGAGCCUUUUAAUUUUUUAAUAAAAACAUUAAAUCACCGA